GUGGUCAUCAAGUUAUUCUAACUCACGCUACACUACACUAUAUAUAUUAACCCUUUUUAACCCCACACUCUACAUAUAACCAACUCAAUUGAAUUCGGAAAGUCUACAAAGUUUCCUUUUUUCUUCCUUUUUUCUCAACUUCCUUUAAGAAAGAAAAAUUAAAGAAUGGCUUGGACAAGAGGGCACAUAAUCGGAAAUGGCUCGACGGCGACCGUGUCGGCCGCCACUUGCUGCCGCACCGGGGAAGUUUUCGCGGUGAAGACGACGGAGCUAUCUAAAUCCGGGUUCUUGCAAAGGGAGCAGAAAAUAUUGUCCUCAUUGGAUAGUCCAUUUAUAGUUGGGUACAGGGGAUAUGAUAUUAGUAUGGAGAACAAGAAGCUUUUGUUCAACCUCAUGCUGGAAUAUUGCCCGGACGGAACGAUUUCCGACGCCAUUCGCAGAAAAGGCGGUCCAAUUGAGGAGCAAUUGAUCAGGUACUACACGAGGCGCGUGGUUGAAGGUUUGGAGUAUUUACAUGGAAAUGGAAUAGUACAUUGUGACAUUAAAGGCGCCAACAUUUUGCUGGACCGCGAAAAUGGUCCCAAAAUCGCCGACUUUGGAUGCGCAAAGUGGGCAGGGGAGGAAAAAUUGGCCGGAAGAACUGGUGGGACUCCGUUAUUCAUGUCGCCGGAAGUGGCUCGCGGAGAGGAUCAGGGGUUUCCGGCUGAUAUUUGGGCGUUAGGAUGCACUGUGAUCGAAAUGGCCACCGGCGGUUCCCCAUGGCCUAAUGCUACCAAUGUGGAAUCAUUAAUGUACAAGAUUGCAUUCUCAGAGGAAUCGCCGGAGAUCCCCCGGAAUUUGUCCGAUCAAGCGAAGGAUUUCCUCAGAAAGUGUUUAAGAAGGAAUCCAAAAGAACGCUGGACAGCAGAACAACUUCUGAAUCAUCAAUUUCUUCGAAUUAUGGAUUCCCCUGUUUUGAAACAGAGGAGGCAGGAGGAGUUCAGUACAGUUUCUCCAACUUGUGUUCUUGAUCAAGAUAUUUGGGACUCAAUUGAGGAAGAAGAGGAACCAAAUUCAUCAUUUCCGGCUCAAAGGGUACAAUUAUUGUGCUGUAAUUCAGCAAAACCGAGCUGGGAUUGGGACGAAACGUGGAUCACCGUCAGAGGAGGAGAUAACAACAAUGAAAAGUUAGUACGAGAAUUUUCGGACACGGAAAAUUCUGGGUCAUUGACAGAUCAUAAUCCUCGUGAUGGCGUGAAGAAGCUGGAAAGGAGGAGGAAGAGGAAUUCUGGGUGUGAUGAGGAUUCAAUGAAUUUAGUGGAUGGAAAAGUGAGUAGUAAAGUUGGUAAAACUCUGAUCAACAGAUGUACAGAACAUGAUCAAACAGUUGUACUUUGUCAUGUCAAUUUUGGGAGACUGAUGAUGAAUCUGCCCAACCCAAAUCAUCUUAAUAAAAUUCCUGUUUUAUAA